AUGCCAACAUUCUGGCCAUCAAUUACCCCAGAGCUCCGAGACUGGGCCUUGCGCCAAAGCGUCUUUUUCGUGGCCUCUGCACCUCUGCAAGGAAAACAUGUGAAUGUGUCGCCGAAAGGGUUUCCUGACUCGUCGUUCGCCAUCCUGGGUCCUAACGAGGCAGCCUACGUUGAUGCCACGGGCUCGGGAAGUGAGACCAUAAGCCAUGUGCGCGAGAACGGUCGAAUUACCAUUAUGUUCUGCUCCUUUGAUGCCUCGCCAGGCAUUGUACGCUUCUUCUGCACUGGCUCUGUUAUGGAAUACGAUGAGCCUGAAUUCUCUGACUACCUCGAGCGGAUGGGAGGCAAGAAAGUGGUGGGAGCGCGGGCUAUCAUUCGUCUGAAUGUCUUCAAGGUUCAACGUUCUUGCGGUUACGGCGUCCCGCGAUUGUCCCUGCAAGUCGAUUCCGAAACCAACAACACCAAACCGUAUCUCCAAGAUCGAGAUACCCUAGGCCAUUGGACAGGCAAAAGGGUCGAAGCCAAUGAGCUUCGCACCUACCAGAAGGAGUGGAACGUACGAAGUCUUGACGGGCUACCUGGACUACACAGGGCGCUGAAGGAUAACCAUCAGCUUGUCUGGGUGAAGCGGUUGGGCAACUGGACCCGCCGUCAUAGAGAUGAGAUUGAGAUGGUAAAAACCUCCAUUUUGCUGCUGUUUGUCUCUAUGGCUAUCCUACAAUGGGCGGGAUACGUGUAA